CAACAUUUCAGCCUCUCUGCCCCCUCGGGUCUCACGAGUAAUAGUUGAGUGCUCCGUACCUGGCGAAUCUGGCCUCUCCCGUAUCAACCACUGAUUCCCGAAUUCCCCUCCUGCCCACAAACCGCAAAACCCAUCAGCCCAUCCAGAUAUACCUUUCGAGAUCAACACCACAGACGAGCUUCGCUUUCUCCAAGCUCCAAGGUAGAGGGCGACCUUGCUUACAAAACCCACGGCCCAGCCUCCCACGCCUCCUCUCGAUCUCGCCGCCACCUCCCUCGCUCCCUCCCUUUCCCUCGGAUCUCCAUAUUCUCCGGCUCAUUCCUCUCCUGGGCUAGGCCCUGCCUCGCAUGUCAUAAGCGCUUUUCUGCCAGCGAGACACCUGCAGCUCGAGUCGUCCUACUCCGUUGCUCUCUACCCUGACGCUGACAUGGCAUGAUCAGGAGAGAUUUAUAAUAUAGUCUCGAACAGGAGUCCUCUCGUUGUCUAUCUGAAAGCUCUUUCGCUGUUCCCUUCGUUGUGCCCUUUCCUCAGACUUCCGACCUGUGUGGCCAGAAGGUGCAGGUGCCGUCGCCGAAACGUCACCCUCCCCCCCCCCGAACCGGCCUGCCCUGUGUUGAAAGAGAUGGACCUGGAUGAUGACCAUCGCUCUAUGUCUAUGGACAGACCUCUGUCGCCGAGACCUUCGAGAUCCGUCACGAUAGACCCAAAUCAACUGGCAAAUCGAGCCUACAGUAACUCCAGAUCAGAGUCUCUAGAUCAAGAACAUGACUUCCCUUUCACGACGCCCCACGGCCACACCCCCCAGAUAGACACCCUUCGCUCCUCGAGACCUCCACGGCACAGUGUGUCGCAUCCGCGUCCAAAGCGACUGUCCACCUCGAACAAGUCAGGCAUGCCUUUGAGCAUAUUACCGUCGGCUCCCGCCUCUCCUCCUACACCAGCGCCUUCGCCUACGCCAUAUCAACGGGCUCCUAGUUGGACUUCUGCAGGCGAGAAUGAAGAUUCGUUUCUCCGGGAUGCCAGGGGUCAUUUUUCCAAUCUGAAUGCUGCAGAACGAGAGAGAUAUCUGGCUGAGCUGCUCAACAUGUGUGACAGCCACUUGCUUUCAUUUGUCCACAACUUCGUGUCACCUAGACUAAAGAAAGACCCCUUUGAGCAUCUUCCAGACGAGCUCUGCUUGAGGGUAUUAUCAUAUAUCGACGAUCCUCUGAGCCUGGCUCGAGCUUCUCAAGUCUCGCAUCGAUGGCAUAAACUCUUGAACGACGAUAUGCUCUGGAAGAUCAUGUGCGAUAAGCAUGCCUGGCGAAGAACCUCCUCCGUCGGUCCAAGUGACGAGCUGGACUCGCCAUCUCCCUCGCAAGCGAGCCAAGGCCCCUACACAUUCAACAGUCGGUCUCCCAAACGAAACAUCGAUGGUUCUGUAGUUGGCCCGUCAAGCAGCGCACCGAACCUAACGUUACCCAAACAAGAUGCUCUGUCGACCAGCCCUCGUGCUAGGAAGCGAGUGUCACAGUCGCAUUACUCUCAUUUCCGUCACAAAUACAUGAUCGAAGCCGCUUGGAGGAAGGGUGGAGAAUGCAUCAUCAAGCACAUCACCCCAGAUCAAGGAGUGGUCACCAGCCUGCAUUUAACAGACAAAUAUAUCGUGGUGGCUAUGGAUAAUGCCAAAAUUCAUGUCUUCAAUACCGUGGGUGAACAUCAAAAAACACUAAAAGGUCAUGUCAUGGGUGUCUGGGCGAUGAUACCUUGGGACGAUAUUCUAGUAUCUGGGGGCUGCGACCGUGAUGUGAGAGUAUGGGAUAUGAAGACAGGCAGGAGCAUUCACGUCCUAAGGGGGCACACUUCGACGGUCAGGUGUCUGAAAAUGUCGGAUGCCAACACGGCCAUAUCCGGGUCGAGAGACACGACGUUGCGGAUUUGGGAUCUGCAGUCUGGGGUAUGCAAGAAUGUGCUGGUUGGGCACCAAGCCAGUGUCCGGUGCUUGGCCAUCCACGGCGACCUCGUCAUUUCCGGAUCCUACGAUACUACGGCCCGAGUUUGGAGCAUAUCUGAAGGCCGCUGUCUUCGGACGCUCACUGGACAUUUCAGCCAAAUUUACGCCAUUGCUUUUGAUGGUAAUCGCUGCGCCACUGGCUCGCUUGAUACUAGCGUCAGGAUAUGGAAUCCAAAGACGGGUAUGUGUACUGCCAUCUUGCAAGGUCACACAUCCCUGGUUGGGCAACUGCAGCUUCGCGGUGAUACUCUUGUUACAGGUGGCUCCGACGGAUCCGUGCGUGUGUGGUCGCUAAAGACUAGCUCGCCUAUUCAUCGUCUGGCUGCACAUGAUAAUAGUGUUACGAGUUUGCAGUUUGAUGACAACCGAAUCUUGAGCGGUGGCAGCGACGGCCGCGUAAAGGUCUGGAGUGUUGAGACUGGUCAACUUGUCCGUGAGCUCAGUCAACCUGCCGAAGCUGUGUGGAGAGUGGCUUUUGAGGAGGAAAAGGCCGUCAUCAUGGCCAGCCGGUCAAAUCGAACCGUCAUGGAGGUUUGGUCCUUUUCACCGCCAGAAGACCCAAUAGAUCGACGGUCGGAGAGUCCUCUGAGCUUGCCCGAACACGUGCCGGCAGCUGAAGAGGAAGAAGAACCGACUCAAUUCCACCAAGAACUAGGUGACGGUGAUGCGACCAUGAGCGACAUCUAGGGAUCCGUCGCCAGCCAGAGACGCAAUGCCACAUCGAACUCAACGAUGCGUUCAGAACGAACGACGAGACGAAUGGUGUCAGAUAAUAGAAGGUGAUGUCGUCCACGAAAAGGCAAGCCCACCGGGUAUCCUGUAUACGAAAGAAACAACCAAGGGCAAAGCCGGCAAUAGACGUCGCGAGUAUCCGGUCGUCGGUCCUACCUCGAAUCUGGGAUCUCAGAAAUGAGGACAGAAAGCAGAAGGAGGGUUCUUUGAUGAAGAACCGGUGCUAGUUACGUUGUGUGGAAGUCGUGUUUGGCUCACUGAUAUUUGCGUAUCGACAUGGCAGUAUGGAGAUACCCCAGAAAGGUUUUUCUUUUUCGUCCAGAGCAUAGCGAUUGGUGCAGGGAAGCCUGAAUUAUGGCCGGCAUGAAUCUAUCUUUAUGGAUAUUACUCAUAUUGAUGUUGAACGAGAAGUGCAUUGGUACGCUGGUAUGCUUUAAAAAGGAAGCAAGGCUUUCCCCCGGGGCAGGGGUCUCGAGCGCCCACAUCGCAUUGGACGUCAAAGUUUGAAAUGAUAUAUAUUAUUCCUAUUACAUAUGUUGUGAGCAGAUUCGAUGACACCGGGUCAUCAUGUCCCUAUUUCCUUGUUUCAUC